CAACAAGUGACAACUUGUGAACGGCUGAUUGUAGAUUCAACUUGAAAAUUCUCGAAUUAAUCUGUUUAACUUCUUGAUAAUUAUUUAAAAAUAACACUUUUUCCACCACCGGCUUACAGAACUAAGCCACAAUGCCGCAGGCUCGGCGGAAGACCCCAUUCAGCGGGAAAGCUAAGAAGCAGCAGCUACAAUCCAAGAAACAGAACAAGACACUUCUAAUGUCCACUUCGUCUGGCACGACCUCCUGUGACGUGGUCUCAGUGAACUACCAGCCGACGCGAGGUAGAGGAGGUCGAGACACGAACAGAUAUGCUCUCAAAUUUUACAGAGAGACAGAGGAGGAACUGAAGAUGAAGAAGGAAGAAGCGCUAAAAGAACUGAAUCCGGUACCAGAGAAAGACUUGGAAGUUAAUCCUGUAGACUACUUUCCUGUGGACUUAUCGUUCCCAAAGCGACCGCCAUGGGACUUCAAUAUGACACCAGCACAAUUAGACGCACAAGAACAGAGGUAUUUCAAGAAUUACGUAGACGGUCUCCAAGCAUCUCAACACUGGAAAAACAUGUCUUACUUCGAACUGAACUUGGAGACUUGGAGACAGUUGUGGAGGGUACUGGAGAUGUGUGAUAUACUACUCCUCAUUGUGGACGUUCGGUAUGCUGGCAUGAUGUUUCCGCCUUCCCUCUACACAUAUAUACAAGAACAGAAUAAAGAUAUGAUCCUUGUUCUGAAUAAAAUUGACUUGGUACCGUCUUCAGUUGUCGCUGGAUGGAAACAGUACCUGACAACAGCGUACCCUGCCCUCAGAGUGCUAUAUUUCACUUCUUGCCCUUCUUAUAAUCUGCGCGGAGUGACCAGCGAUAAGGCAGGUUUACAAGUUAGACGUCGUAAAGGUAAGCAGCGUAUGUGCGCAGAAGGUGCGACUAAGAUCCUUGAAGCCUGCAAGGAGAUCGUCAAGGGAGAAGUGGAUCUCUCUUCUUGGGAGAAGAAGAUUAAAGAAGAGACUGAUGUAGAGUUCGAUUAUGAUGAGGGAGCUCAGAUUGGAGAGACAAUUUUGGAAAAGGCCGACACGUCUUUCUAUUCCCACGAGCGCUACAAGUCCGGCGUUCUAUCGAUAGGCUGCGUCGGCCAGCCUAACGUCGGCAAGUCGUCGUUGCUUAACGCGCUGAUGGGGCGUUGCGUGGUCUCCGUGUCCAAGACGCCGGGACAUACGAAGCACUUUCAGACCAUUUACUUGACGCCCCAGGUCCGUCUAUGCGACUGUCCCGGUUUGGUGUUCCCCUCGACCGUUCCCCGGCCGAUACAAAUACUCAUGGGCUCUUACCCCAUAGCCCAACUUCGGGAACCCUACACUACCAUAAGGUAUUUAGCGGAAAGACUGGAUAUGCCGAAGCUGCUUCGCAUAGAGCAUCCAGAAGGCGACGAGACAUGGUCUCCGCGAGACAUCUGUGAUGGGUGGGCCAAGAAGAAAGGAUAUUUGACUGCUAAAGCUGCUAGGUUAGACACCUUUAGAGCGGCGAACAGCCUGCUUCGGAUGGCUCUCGAUGGAAGAAUUUGCUUAUGGCUUCGACCACCAGGAUUCGCGGAAAAUCGAGAAAUUUACGAAACCUGCGAUGAAAUUAAAUACAUUAGAUGGGUGCAAGCGUUAACAUCAGACCAAGAGGAACAGAAGUCUGACGUUCUGACGUCAGAAUCAGACGAUGAUAGGCAUUCUGAUGAUUCUGACGCCGAUGAUGAUAGCACAGAUGAAAACGAAACAGCAGCUAUAGCGAAUAAAUUCGCAGCUUUAGCCGGAGAUGAUUAAAUAAAUAUAAUUAUUAAUAUAACUAAUUAUUAUUAUUAUUCGCUUCUGCAAGACUUUGACCUUCUUUUGAGAGGGAAAAAUCAUCAAAUUACUUCUCAAGCCCUGGGUGGGGUAAGGGGGGAUGUCAGACUCUUACAGACUAAAACCCCCCCGUUCCUUCUCCUGCUCUAGGUCAAGGCCGCGGUGCCUUAUUAC